AUGUACAAGUCCCGUAAUUUUUCUGCGCGAAAGAGCUCACCUCUUAUAAUACUUUUGGCCUUCUUAUUUAGUGUACUUUUUUCGAUUGUCGAUAUCGUCAAUGCUCAAAAUGUUCCAGACCCUAGUACUGUUGCCCAGGGUGCCCAGCAGGAUACCCAGAAUAGUGAUGGGUCACUUACAGCUCAUGGUAUCGUCGUGGGAGUCAUUCUCAUCGUUACCGGAGUUAUUUAUUGUUUCUUUGGAAAGAGAGUAUACCGUCUUACAUUAUUCUUGAUUGGAUUUUACAUUGGAGCUAUUGCCAUGUGGAUAGCUCUCUCUAAUAAUGAACCUCCUCAAGGAUUUGGAGGCGCUACUGCAAGCCCAACCAUUAUUUUGCUCGUUUCUCUUGCAGCAGGUUUAAUUCUUGGUAUGCUAUUCGUUUGUUGUGCAGAGUUCGCAAUCUGGCUAUUAGGCGCGCUUGCGGGUUACUUAUUUGCCUUAUUUGUCCUCUCGUGGGCUUCCAAUGGUGUGAUACAAUCAAAGGAUGGAAGGAUCAUUUUCAUUAUAGUUUGUACAACUAUUGGUCUCCUUCUCACUUGCUGUUUCUUCGACACGAUCAUUAUAGUUGCUACGGCCUUCAUAGGCGCGUACGCUAUCAUCCUUGGUGCUGAUAUGUUUGCUCGCACUGGAUUUUCACAAUCUGUUGUUAGCUUUUUGAAUGGAAAUACUAAUAUUCCUCCUUAUGAGACCAAUACUAAGAUCUAUGUAAUGCUUGCAGCUUUGGUUGUCAUAUUUAUUAUUGGUGUACUCUUCCAACUCAGAUCUCAUAAUGAGAAAUUCUGGCCUGGUGGAAGACCACGCAUUCAGGAAAAUAUAGGUCAAAGGUUUAAAAAUGUGUCGAGGCCAAAGCCGACAAAUUCGUCAAAUCCAGUUUAA